AUGAUGUUCGAUUUGGUUCAAAAUCUGACGAGACUGAUUUAUCAUAUCUCUAGUUAUCAUGAAGUUGAAAAUUUUAAUCUGUUUAAAAAAUUUAAGCUUUUAAAAAUAAAAAUAAGAAAUAAUUAUGAAAUUGUAAAUCAGAAUAUGUCAGUAAGUAAAAAUAAAAAGGCUAAUGUUUUAAAAGAAGAAGCUUUUAAAUAUGAAAAUGAUCAUAUUUUUAAUAGUGAAGUAGAAAGUGAAUUAUUACUAAAAGCAAUUGAUACAGCUUAUGAAGAUUUUUUAAAAGAUGUUGAAAAUGGUAAGUUAGACACCUUAUAUUCUAAAAAAGAACCUAAAUCUAAUAAGAAAACUAAUUCUAAAAAAAAGAAAGAUUCUUUAAAGAACUAA